CAACGGCAGUGGCUCCCCUCGUCCCGUCGUGGAGUUACUGUAUGACGUGCGCAUGUGCAGGGACCGAAGAGUGUUGUUGUGCAGAACUUUGAACGGUGUUUCACGAACACAAACCUCUGCAGUACAUACCCACGGGCUCAUUUGUUGUUUCGAGGGUAACCAGCGUUGACAGGCCGAUUAUACGCCAGAAAAACACAAGACACAAGACAAUGGCGCCCACAGCCCGUGUCUCCCUCAAGAAGUUCCUCUUGACAGCUCGCAAGGCGCUGCUCGCACCGCCAGUACAGCGUCCAAACCCUUUGAUAUUUGUCGUAGGAAAUGAAUCAGCAGACCUCGACUCCCUCUGCUCCUCCAUCCUCCUCGCCUACUUCCGCACCUACCGCCCCUGCCCUGGGCCUCCCAUCCUCCACAUCCCGCUCUCCAACCUGCCCCAAGCCGACCUCGCCCUGCGUCCCGAGCUCGCCGCCGUCCUCAAGCCCGCCGGUCUGCACAUCAAAGACCUCAUCACCCUCGACGGCCUGCUAUCCACCUCCUCCAAGGAUGACGCCGAUAGCAGCUUCAUCACCCCCGAAAACACCCAAUGGCUCCUAGUAGACCACAACUCCCUCACCGGCCCGCUCGCCGCGCGCGGGUUUGGGGGUCCCGAAAAAAUAAUAGGGUGUAUUGACCACCAUGAUGACGAGGGCGUUGUUCCGGACACCGUAAAACCGAGGUUGAUUGAGAAGAGCGGGAGUUGCAUGAGUCUGGUGGUGGAGUACUGCAAGCCUGUUUGGGAGGAGCUGAGCAAACUUGAGCGAAGCGAAGAGGGGAAUACGGAUACUACCCUUGAAGAGUGGGAGUCGCAGUUGGCGCAUCUGGCGCUGGCGCCGAUAUUGGUUGAUACUACGAACUUGACGAGCAAGGAUAAGACAACUAGGUGGGAUGAAGAGGCGGUGGAAUUUGUUGAGGGUCGUUUGACACAAUCUCAGAAGACAAGUGUUACUACCGCUACUGCGGAUGCCGCCACUGAAGAAAAAGGAUACGACAGAACAGCCUACUUCAACCACAUCACCUCUCUCAAAGAAGAGAUCGCCGGGCUAAGCUACCGCGACAUCUUACGAAAAGACUACAAGCGGUGGACAGACGGCGGGCUAGCGGUGGGGAUCUCGACGGUAGUCAGGGGGUUCGAGUACCUCCUGACGGAAAUCGGAGACCAAAAACAGUUCAGCGAGGCGUUGAGGGCCUGGGCGAAGGAGCAGGAGCUGGAUAUUGCGGCCGUCAUGACCGUGUCCAACCCUGAUGGGAAAUUUACGAGGGAGUUGCUCUUGUGGGCGUUUAACGAGGGGGCGGUCAAGGUUGCGAAGCGGUUUGUGGAGAAGAAUGGGGACCUUCUUCAUCUUCAGACGUGGGGCGGCGGGAAGUUGGAUUCGGAUGAUGGAGAAGGGGAGUGGGUGAGGUGUUGGACGCAGGGACGGGUGGAUAAGAGUCGGAAGCAGGUGGCGCCUAUGUUGAGGGACGUGAUGAAGGAGGCGGCUAGGCUUUGAUUGAAUGGGAGUGAGGAGGCGGGACAUCAUUGACAUAAUAACCUAAUCAAAGGACCUAUUGGUGGCCGAUAUGUCGAGUUGGUGAAGGGGACAAUAAGAGUACCAUGGCGGCCAUAUGGACA